CUAUAUCGGAGCAACUUCCGUUUAUGCCGGUAAAGAAGAAAGUCCCGUAAUAUUGGCGUAAAAUGAAGUUGUUUUAUCGAGGAAACUGUAAAACACUUAGCAUUGACAGUUACAAAAACUUGGAGAGUAGUAUCUUAUGUGUUUUUAUAUCAGAAAAUAUACGCUUGAAUCUUGAGUGUGAAUCCGUUGAGCAAGCUGAAUAUGCGAAGGGAAAUUAUGAUGAGCUGUUCAUAAUGAACUUCAUUGAAAGCCGAAUGAAGUGGUGGUUAUAGUCGUAGAUGACCUCCAAAGAACGUGAAGAGAAGGCGCAUUUGGCGUAAACAAACUUAGAAUUUGAAGAUUCCAGUGAGCUGCAAUCGUGUUAGGAUUAUACAGAAAUCUAGAGCACCGGCCAUGUCCUUCGGAAGUAGGCCGAAUUGCUGUAUUAUUUUAUGAUAAAAUCCAGAGAUGUAGCCGAAUGACGCUGCAGACGACAAGAAAACCUACUGGCUGUUGUGACGAUGUUGUGUUUGUAGACGUUUCAAAGAUGGAGUGGCCGCUGCACUUUUUUGUGUUGGCUGAUUUUAACCUUUGGAUUACGAUUUGUUUCAUCAUAUUUAACCCACUAGUCUGGAAUGUUGUUGCAAGAUGGGAGUACAGAAAUGGUGGAAUAAGGAAGGUCCUUGGUGGGAAGAAACGGGGCGUAAUCUUGAUGGCUAUCCUGAUUCUUUCUCUGGGCGUGUUAAGAGACUGGAUGUUCAAGUUGAUGCUUGACAGUCAGCCAAAAUGGCCAAGGUUGUAUGAGAACCGGAUACUAUGGUCUGGAUACGCCUCAAUGUGGAUAGGAACCACACUUGUAUUCUCUAGCUUUUACAGUCUGGGCUUCUAUGGAACAUUCCUGGGGGACUACUUUGGGAUUCUUCUGGAUGAGAGAGUUACCUCAUUUCCGUUUAAUAUUUUAGACAACCCCAUGUAUGUGGGGUCCACUCUAAAUUUCCUGGGUGCUGCUUUAGUAAAUGCUAGCCAAACAGGUAUCUUGGUGUCGAUGUUUGUGGCCAUUGCCUACAGAAUUACCUUAAUGUAUGAAGGCCCCUUCACAGAAUACAUCUAUAGUCGGAGAACAAAAGAACGGUGAUACCCCGACCCUGUCAAUGGAAGGAAAAUACAGCCUCACUAAGAUGUCAUUGACAUUUUGAAUUAUUUAUUUUCAUGAUCAGUACCUAGUUCCUAAUCGGAGUUGAUAUGUUUUAUGAGGUCCUACCUUUUACUGACAUCAAUGUUUGUUUUCCUCUUUUUUCAGCAUAGAACAAAUAUCAAAAUGGUUUAUUUUUCGAAGAAUAUUUGUCAACUUUCAGUGUUUAGCAGAUACUAAUGUUCGUGAUCAUUCCAUAGAUUUACUACAAUUGUUAUAUCUAUUGAAAAAUGUUAUGCCUUCACUUUUAUGAAUAUAAAUUUACUGUAAAAAAUGAAAGAUAUAUUGUUUUGUAAUGUUGAAUGAUGAUUAAAGGCAUUAUCAUGUAAAAAAAAACUUUCUGUAAGGACAAAGUGUAGUAUUUUUUGUUUGUUUUUGUUUGAUGUUCUUGAUACAUGUAAAUGCUACAACUUCUAAACCUUGAGAAUGGGUUACAGUGAUUCCUAUUGAAAACAAACUAAAAAUUUAACUAAUGCAUACACUAAAUUACCUUCUGAUAUCAUACACAAGCUAUUAAGUCUGCAGGGACCAAUUUUCAAACAUGAUGGAGCAGGAAACGGGAGUAGUAGUAUUUCUGAGUGUCAUUCUGUUUGGAUUAAAAAUCAUUAAUGUAGUGGAAUGUUUUGGACUGUUUACCAUGGAAUUUAUCUUUUUGGGGAUAAUUUCUUCAUUUGUUAAGCGUGUAUAUGAAAAUGUUACUACAGGGAGAGAGCUGCUAUGGGUUAAAAUGCAUAAACUACUUAAGUGCAAAAACUUUUGCACUUCAUUGAAAAAAACUGGACAUAAUGGCAAAAAAUCACAUAAUGGCAACAACUUUUUAACUUAACGCAAAAAUACGUCUUUUGUCAUUAUGAAGUAAUCUUUUUACAUUAUGCAGCAAUAUUUCAAUGAAGUUCAAAUGAUGGCUUAUCAAGAUAAAUUAUUUCAAAUUUGCCAAAAAUUUAUGCAUGCCAACUCGAUUCAGCUUCAAACAGUACUAAUAUUCCAAUUGUUCAACAACCUAAUUUCUUGGCGAUACAUUUGAUUCAAAAUUAUCCUUUCAAUUUCAUACAAUCCAUUUUAAAAGAAUUCAUUUUUCAAGUAUUCUGAACGUUCUAUACAAUACAAACCGGGGAAACAAACCCCAACAUCUUGCUGCGUCUAUCGUCCUCUCGUUUAA